CCUUUUACCACGUGAAGACUCAAAAAAUAAUAAAGAAGAGGAUUUCCUGAACCCCAAGACUGGUCGAUUACCGGGAUUAAGCUGAAAAUGGUUGCGUCGCUUCCCGUUGUCAUCCUGCUCCUGUGCUUCUGUCCUAUCCAUCCUUCAUUCGGACAGGACUGUCCUAGCCAACAGGAGAUGCACAGCUCUCUGAAGCAGGUCCAGAAGCUUCUCUCAGCCCAUGAAGCCGCUUACCUGCAGAGUCUACGCGCGCUGAGGAAAAAAAUAAACCUCUUGCAGAGUACGUCGAAACAGACUUCACGAGCUAACAACAGUACUUGCCCAAAACUGGAUGCACCGCUCAAUGGCAGGAAGUUGGGCAAGGCGCAGACAGUGGGCCAUGAGAUUCACUUCCUGUGCGAUGCUGGCUAUGAACUGAUGGGUUCAGAGAGCAGAGUGUGUCAGGAGAGCCUGACCUGGAGUGGCCAGCAGCCUACAUGUCGUAACAUUAAUGAAUGCGCAUCCUCCCCUUGCCUGAAUGGUGGGACAUGUGUGGAUGAAGUGAACAAGUUUUCUUGUACUUGUGCCAAAGGCUGGGCUGGAAUGACCUGCCAGAGCCCUGUGCCAACAUUCUUCGUCACCAUGACAAACACCUCUGCAGCCACCUUCCCGGUCGCUGCUGCCACCAGCUUACCAGCUGCCACCACCGGGCCCUUAGUCCGUCCGUCACGCUGCACGCAGGUCCAGGGAACCACCCAUUGCACCUGUGAACCAGGAUACACUAUCUCUGGGAGGGACAGCAACACCUGCACCGAUAUUGACGAAUGUGAGCUGUUCCAUAAUGGACCGGCUGGCAGACUAUGCCUACAUUCCUGUGUCAAUACCCCUGGAGGCUACCGCUGUACCUGCCCCGCUGGAUAUAACGUGACCCGUGAUGGUCGCAGCUGUAAAGACAUCGAUGAGUGUGCCACCAGACAGAACAACUGCACGAGGGACCACACGUGUAUUAACACUUACGGAGGUUUCCAGUGCGUCCGUGUGGACUGUCCCCGCAUUCCUAAUGCUACCUAUGUCAAGACAUCCCCUAUGCGUUGCGAACGUAACCCUUGCCCUGUGGACAACAAGGCAUGUUCCCAGGCCCCCAACUCCUUCUCCUACCAUUACCUCUCCGUGGUUUCCAACCUGUCAGCUCCUCGUGUCAUGUUCCGGGUGUCGGCCAUGCGUCCGAUGGGCGACACACUGCGCUUCUCCCUGCUUGGGGGAAGGCAGGCCCGGCGUCACUUCACAGUGCAGCGUUCAGACCGCCAGACUGGCCAGCUGAUGCUAGUCAGCCCCGUGCAGGGUCCUGUCACGCUGGAGGCUGAAGUAGAGAUGAGCGAGCUGGAGAGACGCGUCCAGUUGGGGAGAUACAUCACCAAAGUGACCAUGUUCGUUUCUCAGUAUGAGUUCUAAUAUGAGGGGACUACAAUGCAUGUGUGGCAUUCAUUAGCUAAAGCGCAUAAAAACCUUAAAGGGGUUUGGAUUUAGCUACUCCAGUUUAAUAGGGUUGCAGUUAACCCUAUCUUCCUUCAUGGAUCCAUCCUGCAUUAGUAAUGCAGCAACUGCUACAGCAUAUUCUUUCUCAAAAGUGUAGCAAAGUAGACCCGAAUAGACAUAUUGUGUGUCGAACAAUUGCGAGUCAGCAUCAGUUUUGCACAGCAGCGGCGCAGUGCAAUGCAAUGAAUGUUAUGGGGUUCCAAUGCUGGACGUAAAGACACCGAGAGGAAAAUAGUGACGUGGCCCAACAGACACCGGUUGUGAAGUGUUUUGUACUGAUGAGCUGCGCCAGCUUUAUGCUAUGUAAAGAAAAAAUGAGGAGGUUGUGAGGUAAGAGAAGUGAGUAACACAACACUAAUUAAUAUAGUCUAAUCUAGCAUAUGAUUGGAGGGUUUAUGUGGCAUGGCCUAACCAGAUGACGAGGUUGACAGCCCACACUGAAAGAGCACAGUUUCUACCUUCGGUUGACACUUAAGAGUUGUAUACUGUAUAUGUGGUCUAGAUAUGUAAACGUUUUCCUGUCCCCCUUACAGUCAUGUUUUAUUUAUAGUCUUUUUUUCCCCCUCAUGUAACCCCAUAAUCUGCUCUCUACUUGUAGAAACAUUA